CAUUCAUUGACUCGAUUUGACUCCAAUUUGCACUGAAUCUGCAUUUCGUGUCCAAACAGUUUAGAAACACUUUUCUCGUCUCAACACAACUCCCCAUUGAGUCCAAUCUCUCAGAAGAAUGGGUUCAAAGAUGGCUCAAACCAAUUGGGAAAUGGCCAACAGUAUGGAAAACGUGGAAAGUAUUGACGAGAUCUACAAAUACAACCGCAAACAACAACAAGACAUCCUCACAGCCAAGCCGUGGGAAAAGGAUCCUCACUAUUUCAAAGACAUCCGCGUGAGUGCAUUGGCAGACAACUUCUACCACUACGUGCGGUCUUCACCACCCAAACGCGACGGCCAACUCCCCUGUCAGACGCGAGUGAACGCUCAGGCGCAGGCCUAUGAGUAUAUGGCCGCUUACACCGAGUCUGCCAAACAGGUGGGCCGACUCGAGAACGUGAUCGGUUGGUAUCACUCGCAUCCGGGCUACGGGUGUUGGCUGUCGGGCAUCGAUGUGUCCACACAAAUGCUUAACCAACAAUUUCAGGAGCCAUUCGUGGCUAUAGUGAUAGACCCGACGCGGACCAUAUCGGCAGGCAAAGUGAACCUGGGUGCUUUUCGCACUUACCCCAAGGGCUACAAACCGCCCGAUGAGGGGCCCUCUGAAUACCAAACCAUUCCGCUCAACAAAAUUGAAGACUUUGGCGUUCACUGCAAACAAUACUAUUCGUUAGACGUCUCGUACUUCAAGUCAUUACUCGACCACCGAUUGCUCGACUCAUUAUGGGAUAAGUAUUGGGUGCACACACUUAGCUCUUCCAGUCUUCUCACGAACUCGGACUAUACGACGGGUCAGAUAUUUGAUUUGUCGGACAAACUGGAGUACUCUGAGGGCCAGUUAGGUCGCGGAGGGUUUAUGCUUGGAAUGGAUCCGCACGAGAAGAGAACUGAAGACAAACUGUCGAAAGCGGCCAAAGAUAGCUGUAAGACAACUAUCGAAGCCAUUCACGGACUCAUGUCUCAAAUAGUUAAGGACACGCUCUUCAAUAAAGUGGUUCCUUAGCGACAACUCAUAACUAAUUGUAUUUGUCAUUCAGUGAUGACUCGAUUCCGCAUUAUUUCUAUAAUAUUUGCUAUUAAUUGCUAUUAAAAUAUGUAAUUCAUUUCAAAUACAAAUUAAAUUCAUGUCAAUUCUUAAA